UUUACGACGUUUUAUUUCCUAUGGUUUCCCUAAUGUUGUUAUGAUUAGUUUCGAUUUCCAAAUUCUCGACAUUUUAUUGCUGUCGUAUGGUAACAGUACCAACCAUAAAGAAAUGUUUGCUGUUGGUUGAACGUGUUUGCCUAUGUCAGGAAACAACGAGCAAGUAUUCCACCAUCCACGUCGACUAGCGUAAACUGCACCGUUUACGAUCUCACUCGUGCAACGGCGAUCCCGAACACAGCCAAGCGAACCAUCUGGCCCAUCCGGAGCGUCUCAGCAAGGCUAUGGACGGCGGCGACCUGACGAAACUGCACAGCGACGCGGACAUUUUCGAAGAACAACUGCAGCAGAAUCGCUGCGCUGUGUGCCUGGAAGCUGCAUCUAGUUUUUGUUACGGAGUGGUGACGUGCAUUUCUUGCAAAAAUUUUUUCCUUACCAACUGGAAUAAAACGGCUUUGCAAUGUGUUAAGGAGAGCGGUCAAUGUGCAUGGGAAAAUGUUUCUCUCAAGUCGUGCAACAAAUGUCGUUUGGAAAAAUGUCUUGCAGUCGGCAUGGAUAGAAGGAAGUCAACAAAACAUCCAGACCGCGCUCGGCUAGAAGCGGUACUCUUGGGACUUCGCAACCACAAAACCCCUAAUGCCUUUGUAAAACUCGCUGUCAGUGCUGUCGUUCAGAAACGCUUCAAGUGUUGAUGAUCUAGAUAAACUACUCCGCGCUGUGCAGCAAGAAAAUUUUGCUGAAACAGAAUGCGUGCCGUUCCAUAAACUUCUCAAAGGUGCCCGCGUACGGUUUACAAAUAGAUAGAUAUGGUGGCGACUGCCUUGACCGAUGUUGGAGGAUAUAUUGUUUCGAAAUUCAAAAAGGAAAGUUCCCGUGCUCUUCCUGCAAAUCUGGUAUCGGAAACCUUUUGGGAGUUUGUUUUUCGGAAACCGGCGGAUUGGUUGAAGCACGUUCUCGAGUUGAAUUUGGUGGAUUGAGUGUACCGUCUGCGAAUCUGGACAAAUUGCUGCAGUACGCCUUUGGCUUUUUUAGGCGAUUACAAAAAAUCGCCGAAUUUUACAAAGGCGAUCGCCAUUUGGAAAGGGCGCUGAAGCUGAUUCUCCUUUCAAUGGAUCUCCACGGCUUUCACCCUUUAAGUGAUAUUUGUGUGUGCGAAUCGAAAAAUUAUUUAGAGUAUGAAUGCCUAAAGCGCUUCUUUAACACAGCUUUUAAGAACGAUGUAGUUGAACGCCGAGCCGAUGCUGUGAAGAAAAAGUAUGGCGCU